GUCUGAUUUAGGACAUUAAUGAGAGAUAAUCUCCUGACUGUGCACAUUCUGAUGUUACCCUGACCUCCCAGUGGACCUUACUGAGAUAUCAAACAAUUGCAAUACACUUGAUGAGCUUCUUCUAGUUUGUUUUAUCGCCGCAGUGUCUCGAAUCUUCAAAACUAAAGAAAAUUAAUCCUGCAAUCAACUUCCUGACAGCUUAAAAGUCCCUUUAAACUCCAAGCAUCAGCUGAUUGGCUUCCCUGCGCUAUCUUUGUGCACUAAAAGACCUGACACAGAGGGGGUUACCGACUGAUUAGUUCCUGUUGUAUAUUACACAUUGUUUUACUGCACAUUGCAUUAUUAUUAGUCUGAUCAUGGAGAUAUUGGAGAGUGGGGACCCUGUUCUGCAAUGGGAUCGAAAACUGAGCGAGCUGUCUGAGGUUGCAGAGACCGACUCUUUAUACAAUACGCCAUUCUCUGAGCUAAUUGACGACUCUGCUCUGCUGGAUGUUUUGGGUCAACUCAUGGGAGACCCUUUCCUGAACGACAAGUACGAGAUGAUGGAUAUAGAAGAGAAUCCAAGCUCCCCACCACCCAUGAUCAAGGAGGAGCACAGUUACUCUCUGUGCGGAGACUCGCGCCCACAGUCUCCCUUCACCCAUGGUUCCUCAGAUGACAACUUCAGCGAUGCGGAUUUGACAGGCGAGGACUGGUGUCUGACGGGAGAGAUUCCUGCCCCCCAAAUUAAGAGGGAAGCUGCCAUUGAGGAAACCCCUGGCCUUGCUCCUUCAGUCACACUGACAAACGCCGCUCUGCCUGUUCUGCCUGUAACGGUGGAGAUGGAGAACUCCUCACUACCACAAUCAGCACCAGACAAGGCUAAGAUACUGAGUCCCAAGCCUCUUCUUCCGCAGAUAAAGCUUGAACCACAUGAAGUGGAUCAGUUCCUGAACUUGUGCCCUAAGGAAGCGCCUACAUCAGACUCUCUUCAGCUGCCGCCAACACCCCCCAGCAGCCAUGGAAGUGACUCGGAGGGAGGCCAGAGUCCCAGCAGAUCAUUUCCACCUUCAAGCCCUCUCCAGUCGCAAUCCGGUGGUAAAGUGGCCACUCGCAACCCUUCUGCGCUGUCUAACUCUCCCCUGCUGACUGCACCGCAUAAGCUCCAAGGAACUGGUCCCCUGAUGCUCACCGAGGAAGAAAAGAGGACCCUAAUUGCUGAAGGAUAUCCCAUCCCCACUAAACUUCCCCUUACCAAAGCUGAAGAGAAGGCUCUGAAAAAAAUCCGCAGAAAGAUAAAGAACAAGAUCUCUGCUCAGGAAAGUCGUAGGAAGAAGAAGGAAUACAUGGACAGCCUGGAAAAAAGGGUUGAGAAUUGUUCCUCUGAAAACAGUGAGCUACGUAAGAAGGUGGAAGUCCUAGAGACCACUAACAGAACUCUCUUACAGCAGCUGCAGCGUCUCCAGGCCAUGGUAGCAGGCAAAGUAUCCCGAUCAUGUAAAGCAGCGAGCACUCAGACUGGCACCUGUCUUAUGGUUAUUGUCCUGUGCUUUGCUGUAAUAUUUGGAAGCUUCACACAGAAUUUCGAUCUUUACUCAUCAGCCACAAAGACGGUACACGAGCCAAGUCGGCAUUCUGCACCUGAGUCUUAUGCAGCCUCAAUAGUGCGCUCCAGGAAUCUCCUAAUUUUUGAGGAGCACCACACAAUGGAUGAAAUACACAGCUCAGCAGUGACCAUAGAUGCACAAGAUGCUUGGGAAAGGCACACAGAGAGCAUCGCACAGCACAGAGCAGCAAUGCUGGAGGCUCUCGGCCAGCCCCGAGAGAAAUCAUAUGCUGUGUCCAAUGACAGCAUCAGGGAUAGUACUAUGCGGCACAGGUACAGCUCAGAAUAUGGUCAUAACGAUACAAUGAAAGUAAUACAAUUGGACAGAAGAGUAAACGCCACUUCCUAAUGAAGAAAUUGCUUCCACGCCUUCCCCAAAUCCCUGCUCUACAGCAAUUUUUUUUCUUUUCUUCUUGAGCUGAUACAACCACCUUUCAAUCUCCUACAUCCAUUCAGCCAUUCGGACUUAACCCCAUCUUGAUAGGUGAAGGAGACAGGAACUUUGACAUAACCCUGGCACAAGUGUUUGAACAAGCAAGUUGCUGAUCCUUGCAAUCCACUGAAUUUUUUUUGUUGAAUCAGGAUUUUAAUAAUUCAGUGUGAUGGAGUCAUUCCAUAAUUAUUCAUCAAUAUCACUGGUCUUUCAAGUUAACCUGAAUACAGGUUGGACAACAUGAUAUUUAAAUUCCCACUUUGCCCUGCUGGAAAGGGCACAAUCCAAUUUCUCAGUUUACUUUUUUAGCAACAUAUCCUUUUUUGUUUUUGAUCCUUUAAGCACAAGCUGCAAAAAAAAAGAUUUGAGUUCAUUGCCAAACGCGCAUUUCACUUUUUUGGCUUACAGUGAAAUAAAAAAAUUUAUUUAGCUAUUAGGUUAUGAGUAUAAGACUAAUACGUUAGUUUUUGUAACCAUAUGGCAUGGUUUUAAAGGUGACACAUUUGGGGAAUUAAUUAGCACAAAAUUUGAGACACUUGAUAUUAUAUUAUCUACUUUCAAUAUACAAUUGUACACGUUGACAGAUUUUACAGAUUGUCACUUAAGAUGCCAAUUUCUGAUACUGCUCCAUCACUCUGUUUUCCAGUGCCCUUUUUGUGUUAGAAUAUCUUUUUAAAGAGUAAGCAGGGAAAUAUAUUUAUAUUGCAUCAUGAUAUAAUUUUAGAGAGAAAAAAACAAAAACUAAAAUAUCCCCUUUACUUGAAAUUUAAUGCAGUCAAUAAUGCUGAGUGUGUUUAUGCCACCCAAAACAAUCAAUAUAUAUUUUGUAAAACUGAGAUCAGCUUUUGUCUUCAUCACAAAAAGUCAUCUGCUGCCACUGUCUAUAUAUGUAUAUGUACACAUCAGUCCCCUGUUGUAAAUAGUAUUUAUUAGUUUUAUCUUUUUACCUGCGACUUCUUUUCCUCAGCAAUCAUUUCUUCGGCAGUGAGACUAGGGGUUGUGUCCACAUGCCUAUCAUAUUUGAUCAUUUGUUUUAUAGCCAGUAAUAUACACCGCAACCUGCCUGAUAUUUCUGUCUGUCCAAUAUGGAGAAAUAAAGGCAGCCACCUAUAAUAGCUAAUUAACCUCUUCACUGCUGCAGAGGUUGAUACACCAUUGAUUGGCAUAAUAUUUUCAACAUUGACAAUUUUACCGAGUUUUUUAAUAACACUGAAAAUUAAGGGAGUGAGACAGGCAAUAAUUAUUUAUGAGACUUUGUGGUUAUUUAUGACACUCGUGGUCAUAUUAAAUAUGACUGGCCAAUAAUUCUAUGUUUGUAGUUGAAGGGCAAUUUAUUAAAAUAAGCUCAAGAUUUUAAAUCUCUCCCAUUUCAUGUUUCAAAAAAACAAAUGUUCUGCCUUAUAUGGUUUAUUAGAAAUGUAUAAAAAAUUGUCUUUUGUAACCUUUUUUUUUUUUUUGCCACCUUGCUGGCAUUGAAUAGGUUAAAAUCAGACAGGCAUUUUUAUCUUCAAAUCCAUUGCUUCGACCUCCUGCCGUGAUUCAUACAACUUAAGUAAAUGUGCUGUAUGCCCUGGCACAGAAGGGGCAAAAAUUUCAUUUUUUGUUCGUUCUGUAUUUCAGCUUCUAUAUUUUUGGUAUAUUAUUUUUUAUAAAACUAAAAUUGAAAAAAUUAAAUAAAAAUAAUGCAUAGUGA